UCUCUAUUAUUUCAAUCCUCUUUGCAUGACGAAGAUAAAUAGAUAAAUAGGAUUUGACAGAUUGUGAUAACAACUUCAAACAGCUGUUAGUGUUAUUUCCCGUGGCAUUCUAUAGCCAAUAUACUAGCUGUGAACAAAGUAUAAAAAUUCAAAAUUUUCUUACAAAUUUAGUAAUUGAAAAUAAAAUAGCUCCGGAGGACCAAUCAGUAUUCCCUCUUGACCUUUUUUAUAAUUCAAAAAUAUAAUGUUAUAAUAUAUGUUUGAGUAAAAUGAUAAGAAAUGGAUUAUUGUGGCACUCGCUUUGCAAGGAAUUGGCAAGGGUAAGGCUUCCUCAACAACAAACUUGCCGUGCGAUCAACACCACACGUGCUCAGAAAAAAUUUCCCCUUGUUUCUGUUGGAUUUGGCUGUGGCCUUGGAGGUUUCUUUUUAUAUGAUGGAGUUGUUAAUGAUUUCACUUACUCUGGCGCAGCUUUACGUUUUCUUCGUUCUCUAAAAACAGCUUCACUUAUAUCCUACGAUUAUUUUUUGUUGGACGAUUAUGAUCCCGAGUAUGAAAAUAAGAUUAAGAUAGUACAUCAAAGGUCGGCUGAUCGCUUGUUGGAAACAUGUUUGAAGAAUGGUGGUCUUUACAUCAAGGUCGGGCAGGGAUUCGCUGCAAUUAACCAUAUCCUGCCAAAGGAGUACACAAGCACUUUAUCAAAACUUCAGGAUAAGUGUCUGCCCACUAAAAGGGAAGAUGUUGAAAAAGUUUUCCAAAAGGACUUUGGGGAACUUCCUGAGUCCUUAUACGAAGAAUUUGACUAUAAACCUGUAGCGGCAGCUAGUAUAGCUCAGGUGUUUAAAGCCAAGCUUAAAACGGGCCAACAAGUUGCUGUUAAGGUACAAUAUAGUGAUUUGCAAAAUCGUUUUGUCAGCGACUUGGGUACCAUAAUCUUUUUGCAUGACAUUGUAGAAUUCUUUUUUAAAAGCUAUAAUUUUGGAUGGAUCUUAAGGGAUGUUAAAAAUAAUUUAGUGCAAGAAUUAAAUUUCAUUAAAGAGGGCCAAAAUGUAGAAAGGUGUGCCCGAGACUUAAGAUUAUUAAAGUUUGUUCAUAUACCAAAAGUUUACUGGACACAUACAAAAAGGCGGGUUAUAACUUUAGAAUGGAUAGAUGGCAUUAAAAUCGGCGAUCUUGACACCCUGGAGAAGAAAAGUUUAAAUGUAAAAGAUGUGGACAGAAAACUCUUUCAAAUGUUUUCGGAACAAAUAUUUAACACGGGUUUCGUACACGCUGAUCCACAUGCUAGCAAUAUUUUCGUGCGCAAGAAUUCCAAAAGUGGAAAGGCCGAACUUGUUCUUUUGGAUCAUGGUCUUUAUGAAGAACUGCCAUCUAACGUACGUAAACCGCUAUGCGAGUUUUGGGAAGCAACUGUAUUAAGAGAUGAAGCUGCUAUGAAAAAAUCUGCUCAAAAGUUGGGCAUUAAGGACCAUAUGAAAUUUGCUGAAGUAUUAUUCCAGCAGCCGAUACGAAUUCAUGGCGGUAAAAUAAAAACUAAACUUAACGAGGAUGACAUAAACUACAUGCAGGAGAUUGCCCAAAAGAAUUUCGAAAUGAUAAUGUCCACGUUAAAGGAGAUGCCUCGAAAUAUGUUGUUUGUUGUACGGAACUUGAAUACGGUACGAGCUAUAGGUCGAAUGCAUGGCGAUGUGGUGGACAGACCCAAAGUAAUGGCACACUAUGCCCAGAAAUGUAUUUACAAAAACUAUAGCACAGUUAAAGGCUACAUCAAGUGGGCAUACAGACGUUUGUACUUUGAGUAUUCCUUGUGGUCAUUUUCCUUCAGGCGCACAUGUCUUUCUUUAUAUUUCAACCUAUUAUAUAAAUUAGGAAGGGCUCCUGCCUCUGCAAAAACUAUUCUAAAGGAUAUGGAACAUCAUAAUGUAGACUAAUUAAUAGCAAAUUAACAAACUAUUUCCAUUUUAAAGCUGCAAUAAUAAGAUUGAAAAAUUUCA